ACCUCUCCCGGCGACUUCUACGCAUUCCAUUCCUGUCUCCUCGGUUCCGGUCGACGCUAUCUUUAGCCCUUCGCUCAAGGUACUUCGCCCGAUCCUCUCUCGUACCGUCGUACCCAGUCGAGAACAGGCCGCCGACCCCGCUAACCAUCACUCUGCGCUCUCCCUCUCUCCAGCCUCGAGACAAGAUGAUGAACACGACGAGCGUGACUAUCAACACGGACAGCGUGGGCGGAGACAUGGCCCCCGCCGCCCCGCCGAAGCGCAAUUUUAUCCAGAAGGUAAACGACGUGAACAAGAUGGAACUGCCGAAGCUUCUGCGCUACAUGCGCCUGGGCAACGUGGGCUGCUCCAUCCUUCAGAUCAUCGCCGGUAUCGUGGGCAUCACGUCCUUCAUCACGCUCAACAUCACGGGCACGUUGGUGUCCAUCUACGUCAUCAUGUUUGGCAUUCUGUUCCUGCUCUUUGAAUGCCGCCUCUCGCGUAUGGAGACGGCAAUCCGCUCCAACUUUGGCUUCCUCUACAGCUACAAGGGACGCGCCGCCUUCAUCUUCUUCAUCGGCUUCCUGGACUUUGGCAUCGGCUCGGCACUCGCCACUAUCGCUGGCGUCCUCAUGUGCUUCAACGCCUUCAUCAACCUGCUCGUCAUGUGCCGCCACCCGCAGUUCAAGUCGACGCUUAGCGCAGACGCAGACCCCACGGCCGGCUACACCACAAGCAGCCAGGAGGCCGCCAACUUCAUGAGCAAGAACCCGGAGCUCGCGGCCAAGGCUGGGCAAUAUGCUUUCCAGCAGGCGGCCAACACACGUCACUAAGCGGCCAGAUACGGCGAGUCGUGGGUCGUGCAGCAGGCAGAUACCGUAACCAGGUGUCGGUCAUAUUCCUAAGCUAAUACCAUUUUUUUUCCAAAAAAAAAAAACUGCCCGA